AUGUCUGGAUUUAACCCACUUCCAGCGUGUCCGAUUCCAAUCCAAUUUGAUGUUGAUUCUCAGAUUAAGGAGCUCCAGGCCAUGAUUGACAGUCCCACUACCAGCGAGGAGCAGAAAACCAACCUGCGUGCUGCCAUUGAUCUCUACAACAAACAUGUGCUCCCAGGACCCUGGAGACUCAUUCAAGAUGGCCAGGUUGUUUCACUCCAGGAUGUUGAUUUCCACCAUGCUUGGUGGUCAGAAUGCAAGUUCACUUAG